ACUUAUUUGCAUGUUUACUGCUUGCUUGCUUGCAGUGUUAAACAAUCUCUACCCAUCUCCUAUGGGUUGGGGGACAACCUCCAACCCUAACCUCUGAUCCUGUCUCUUUUCUUUUUUUUAGCCUCUUUUUUUUUGUUGAUCAUGUGGUGAAUUAUUAUUUUUUAUUUCCACCACAAUCCCCAACAAGGAGCUCUGUUCUUACAAGUCCCAAUAUUAUCUUAUUCUCCCACCACUCCCUUCACCUGUUGCUUCUCCCCAAUCUUCUCUCUCUCUCUCUCCCCACCUUCUCGUGAUUUCUUCUCUCCCUUCUUCAUUUUCCAACGGGCUACUCUCCAACCCUUUAUUAAUCAAGUUAUUUUUACUCUCCCCCCUUUUUACACUUUUGAGUGAUCUGUAUUUUUCGGUUGGGUUUACUCUCUCUCUCUCUCUCUCUCUCUCUCUCUCUCUCUCUCUCUCUCUCUCUCGUCUAUAAUAACCUGCCCAUCCAACCAAACCGUCUCCCUUCUCACCUUUAACCAUGGCAGAUCCUUACUCCAAUUUCUUCACUGGAUGGUACAACUUCAAUCCCUUUUUCCACCAUUUCUCCUCUUCUUCUUCUUCUUCCUCUUCCUCCUCCUCCAACCCAUCUCAUCCUCCUCCUUAUGCAUACAAUCCCUACAAUUAUUUCAACAACAGCAACAGCAACAGUGACAACAACAACUCCUUCAUCUACUCUCAGUCCCCACCUCCCUCUCCUCCUAUUAGAGAAGCACUUCCCCUCCUCAGUCUAAGCCCAACAAGGCAUGAAGAAGAAGAACCCUCCUGCAGUGCCAUGGAAGAGGAACAGAUCAACAAGGCCAAAGAUGACAGCUUCUAUUCUAGUACAGCUGAUGAUGAAACUGUGACUGUUGCUCUACAUAUAGGGCUCCCCAGCCCUACUGCUGCUGAUCUGAUCUCUAGAGUCUCUUCUUCCUCUACCGAGAUGACAGAUAAGGAAGGAGUAAGUAUUGUUUCUGGGUACCAACCUGAUAGACUCAACAAAGGGCAGUAUUGGAUCCCCACUCCUUCUCAGAUUCUAAUUGGUCCUACCCAGUUCUCAUGUCCUGUUUGCUGCAAGACCUUCAACAGAUACAACAACAUGCAGAUGCAUAUGUGGGGGCAUGGAUCACAGUAUAGGAAAGGGCCGGAGUCUCUAAGGGGGACCCAACCAACAGCCAUGCUCAGGCUGCCUUGCUAUUGCUGUGCACCAGGGUGCAGGAACAACAUAGAUCACCCAAGGGCAAAGCCUCUCAAGGACUUCAGAACGCUCCAAACACAUUACAAGAGAAAGCAUGGAAUAAAGCCUUUCAUGUGUAGGAAAUGUGGUAAGGCCUUUGCAGUGAGAGGUGACUGGAGAACUCAUGAGAAGAACUGUGGGAAGCUGUGGUAUUGCAUAUGUGGAUCUGAUUUCAAGCAUAAGAGGUCUCUCAAAGACCACAUCAAAGCCUUUGGACAUGGCCACGCAGCUUAUGGAAUUGACUGUUUUGAUCAAGAAGAUGAUGAACCCGCCUCCGAAAUCGAGCAAGACGAAGAGUCUUCACAGUGAUUCAUCACAGAUGAAUUGGGUCUUAAAUUUGGUGAAUUCUCUGAUGGCUUGAAAAGAGAAAGUUUACUUGGAGAGUCAUAUGCAUACACUCUUUUCUUUACUCUCUUUCUCCAUCUCUUCCUAUUAGUGUAAGCAGUAGAACCCAAAACAGGCAAAUACAUCAUCAAUGUUAAGACCAAGUUCCUGUAAAUCCAUUUUGCUUUUUAGUGUAUGGUUUCAUUUUUCUCUUUUCUACUUUUAGGCUGUCCUAUCUUUGGUAAUAUGGAUUAUGGACUGUGAUGAAUAAUCUCAAUAUUCCUUAAGAAUAGAAGCUUAAGAAGUUCUGUACA